AUGCCCCUCCGACUCUCCCAUAUAGCCUUCUCGACCCUUGUCCUCUUCCUUUUGUGCUAUGAUGUAUCCUUACUGUAUCUAGUCGCCAAGAAACGCUCCAAAAAGAAAGACGACACUCCCACUGUAUAUAUUCUCUGUAUGACCAUUUGUGGAAUCCUAAAUAAAGCUUCCCAUUUGCUCCUCAUUGAUGGUUAUGUGAUUUCCAGCGGGAUCAAUGGGGAAGAUGGUUAUGAAGAAUACCGCCAGUUCUUCGGUAAGCAAUUAUCCUUGAUCUCUACAUGGGGCUACUUGACACCAAUCUAUUUCAACUGGUUGAUGACGAUUCAUCGUGUCUUCGUGGUUGCCUUUCCAACGAGAUCCUCAGUUUUUGGAGAGUUCCAAAUUCUGGGUUACUGUAUUGCGAUUAAGCUAACCUGGUUUCAAAACAAGUACACCAUCUACUUCCCUGUCUCCGCUAUGAUCGUCAACUUCCUACUCAUCUUCUAUAUGAAACUGAAAAUGACAACUACCAGCAACUCGCUGAUCCGGACGGUUACUGUCACUGCUGUCUACCUCUCUAUCUAUGAGAUCGGCAGUUUGUACAUCCGUCUGCUUCCCGGAUCCUUCGACGCCCAGUCUUCGGAUUUUAAGGAUGACUUUUAUUUCGUUCGAAUUCUCACAAUUUGUUCGUUGAACUUUUUUGUCUACUUUGUGAUUAGCAAGGCUAGUAGACAAGCGUUUCUAGAUUUUUAUGGGUUUUUCAAGAAGAAGCAGAUGAACGUUGUCACUGUGACUAUGCAAUAA